CCAUUCCUGAGAACCCUAGCGGAUUCCGCUAUAAAUACCCCGCCCCGGGGCGUGUGCCAGCCACGCUCCAAUCCCCAUCUCCAUCGAUCUCCACAGCCGCACGCAGUCCUCUGCACACUCCUCGGCCUCCAGCCGCCUCCGCUCGCCUGCUCGGAUCCAUCCCAUCCCAUGGACCCUCAGCUCAGCUCCCACGUCCACGCCACCGCGGCGGCGGGUGGCAAGAAUGCGGGAGGCGGCGUGCUUCCACCGGCGGCGGUCGUCAUCCUCGACGUCGAGGCUAACGCGGCCGCGGCGGCGCCGGCCGAUCCGAGCGACGGCGGGGACGGCGGCGUCGACUACAUGGCCCGCGCGCAGUGGCUCCGCGCGGCGGUCCUCGGCGCCAACGACGGCCUCGUCUCCGUGGCCUCCCUCAUGAUCGGCGUCGGCGCCGUGAACGCGUCGCGCAAGGCCAUGCUCGUGUCCGGCAUGGCGGGGCUCGUGGCCGGCGCAUGCAGCAUGGCCAUCGGCGAGUUCGUGUCCGUGUACGCGCAGUACGACAUCGAGGUCUCGCAGCUCAAGCGCGACGGCACCGACGGCGACGAGGACGCCAGGGAUGGCCUGCCGAGCCCGACGCAGGCCGCGCUCGCGUCCGCGCUGGCGUUCGCGUUCGGCGCCAUCCUGCCGCUGCUCUCCGGCGGGUUCGUGGCGCUGUGGUGGGCCAGGCUCAUCGCGGUGGCCGCCGCCAGCACCGUCGGCCUGGCCGCGUUCGGCGCGGCGGGCGCGUACCUGGGUGGCUCGAGCAUGGUGAAGUCAGGGCUGAGGGUGCUCCUGGGCGGGUGGUUCGCCAUGCUCGUCAGCUUCGGCGUUCUCCGGCUGUUCGGGGCGGCGUUCCACAUGGACGUCUCCUCGGUGUGAUGGCUGGGGUUAUGGGGGAAUGGAAUAAUGAGAGCCAGGGGCCUAGUAGCUCUUGCCAUGGGGAUGUGAACGAAGAACCCUGCAUGUCUUGAGUAUAGCAAACUAGCAGUCGCCUGGACAGGGAAAGGGGAAUAAUAUGGGUGCGUAUGUGUGUAGCGGAUCUAUCUACCUGAUUGUAAUGUAAUGUCAGGGCUAAUGGUAUCUGACGAGAAAAUCAAAAACAGAAAAAAAAUUAUAACUAUAUUAUAUAA